CGCAAAAGUUUUUUCUCCAUUCAGUGAACCGGAAGUAAAACACGUAGCCUAAAAUAAGAAGAAGAAGAAGAAGAAGAAGGAGGAGGAGGAGGAAGUAAAAUAGACACAGCAUGGAGGAGCCUACCCAUCAUCCGUGGGAGAAGUUUAUUGAUUUCUAUUUCAGUAUUGGCCUUACAUAUAAAGACAUCAAAUCCGUUCUUGCACGUAGACAUGGCUUUGACAUAAGUGAGAGACAUCUGAAAAGAAUACUGAGGGCGAGGGGGCUUUCUCGUCGUAAUGGGUACUGUGAUCUUGCGGUCCUAGUUGAAUUCAUCAGCAACGAACUACAGUACUCUGGCCAGCUUCACGGGUACCGGUGGAUGUACGGUAAAUGUAGAGAGCAUGGACUACGAAUAAAGAAGGAGGAUGUGCGGUUGGUGUUGAAAGAGCUGGAUCCGAGAGGAGUGUCACUAAGACAAGCAAGACGCCUACGACGACGGAGCUACUUUUCGAGAGGUCCUAACUUCAUUUGGCACAUGGAUAGCUACGACAAACUCAAGCCAUAUGGCUUUUGUAUCAACGGAAGCAUCGAUGGUUUUUCCAGGAAAAUGAUCUGGCUUAAUGCCUAUACCACGAGUAGUGACCCAAAGUUGAUCGGGGGUUAUUACGUUGAUGCAGUCCAGCGUUUAGGGGGCUGCCCCAGGAUUGUGAGAGGCGAUCUCGGGACCGAAAACGGCUAUGUUAGAGACUUUCAGCGGUUCCUCGUCCCGAUCCAUCCAGAUGGCACUGUUGAUAGCUACCUGGAGGGAGCAAGCACCGCCAAUCAACGGAUCGAGUAUUGGUGGGGUUUUCUGCGCAACCAGUGUGUGGAGUUCUGGAUGUCCUUGUUUGCAGACAUCAGAGACAAUGGAUUCUUUGAUGGCGGGUUUCUGGACAAGGCCAUCCUUCAGUUUUGUUGCAUGGGACUCAUCCAGGUGAGCGAGAGAGAGAGAGAGAGAGAGAGAGUGUGUGUGUGUGUGUGUGAGAGAGGGAGGGGGGGGGGGCAGGAAGGAUGGAGGGAGCAGGGGAGAGGAGAGAGACGGGGAAGGUGAGGAAAGACACAGGGAGGAUGGAGGGAGGGGAGGGAGGAGAGAGAUGGAGAAGGUGAGGAAAGAGACAGGGAGGAUGGAGGGAGGGGAGAGAGGAGAGAAAAAGACUGAGGGAGGAGAGAGACGGAGAAGGUGAGGAAAGAGACAGGGAGGAUGGAGAGAGGAGAGAAAAAGAUUGAGGGAAGAAAGAGACAUAGAGGAGAAUUGUGGAUACAUUUUUUGUUGCACUAUUAAAUUAUAUACUGUUUGUAUGUACAGUUCUUCCUAAUUCUAUUUUGUAUAUUCUUUUUUACAGGAUGAGUUGGAUGACACUGCACAGGUCUGGAAUACCCACACAAUCAGACCAUCAAAAAACAUCAGUGUCCCCAGUGGUCGGCCCAAUGUGAUGGAUGCAUUGCCUCAACUCUAUGGGACCAGAGACUUCCUUUCCCCUGUUGAAGAUGAACAUCUUCAGCUGUGCAAAGAUGAAUGUGUUUUUCGCCGGCCGAUACCAUGCGAUCCAGACGUGUACGAACUAUGCAACAUCUUAAUGGUGGAGUCCCAUCUGACUCUCCCAAGAGAUCCCUAUCAGGCUGUGAACUUGUAUAGGCACCUAAGAGAGGCCAUCACUGCAUCUCUCUAAGUCAGGGAUAUUUCCUUCUGCCCUGUAGGGUAACAGUUAAUCACCAACUAUUUUGAUAGUUGAUUAAUUGUUAAAGUCAAAUGUUCUUGUAAAAAUGUCACAAAAUGUUUUCUAUUUCUCAGAUGGGAAUAAUUUUUAUUUGCAGCCCGAAUCAAUUGACAUGUAAUUGACAGUGAAGAUACCUGUGGAUGAACAAACUUUGUAGCCAAGCACUGUAGCAUCAGAGUGGAGCAGGAAAUUUAUUAAUUAUUUUGUAUGAAUUGUGAAAAACAUUUGAAAUCUGCAACCCUGAAUAAAAGUAAAUUUUGCCAAACUUAACUGGUUUGUCAAUAAAAAACUAUUGAUAUAAAUAUUUACAUUACAGUACUUAUCGGUCACUUCAUGGCAAAAUGCACUCACAUUCAAUAAAAAUAUAUGUGAUGGCAUUAAGUUCCAGCAGUAAAUUAAAGUAAUAUAAUGGAAAUAUUACAAUCAUUCUGAAGGCCAUCUCACACAGGUAAAAUCAGAUUAUACAUUUUGUAAACAGGAACGCUCAUUGGCAUCUCAACAUUGAGUUUCAAACUGUUUCUGAAUAAGCAACCAACUGACAUGAGUGAUGACAUCAGUAAUUAACAAAUCUACCAGUGAUGGACAACUCUGUAAAUUACAGAAAAUUACACUAAUAUGCUUUUUAGGAACAAGUUCAGCAUUGAAGCUGGGUUAGACUCAAACUUAUGGAAAUGAAUGCUGUCAUUUUCAAAGUAUAAUUCAAAAUAUAAAAUCAAUGUAAAAAAGUAUGGAGGUGUAAUAUUGCACCAAUAGAAAAAUAGAAUUGCAGGCUGAUCUAAAUGAAAUAAAAGACUGCUUACCACUAUGUUAAGUGCAUCGGAUGUUUAAAUGACAACAAAAACAGACAAAUGAAAAUAAAUAAAAUACAAUCAACCAUACAAUGAGGCCUGUUGCUAUUUGGCCUGAUCAAGCUUGCUCUCAAGUUCAAAUGAUAAUGAUGAGGAGAGAAAAAGACUGGGGGAGGAGAGAGAUGGAGAAGGUGAGGAAAGAGACAGGGAGGAUGGAGAGAGGAGAGAGAUGGAGAAGGUUACUAUUUGGCUUGCUCUCAAGCUCAAAUGAUGUCCAUCUCCAUGUAGUUGCUGUUCAAAAUAUUAUCAAAUUCUGUUCGAAAUUCUGGGUAAGAACUGUAUGUACAUGGCAGAUCGAGUGUAGCGCCACAGGUAUGCGCCACAGGUCUCCUGUUGAGCCCAGUUUCAGCAUUAAAGCUAACCAUAAUUUUCUCAACACAUAUAACUGAAGAACCUGUGCAGAAGCGCAGGAUUUUCUCUGCUUUUGCUUCAUCAGCAUUUUUGACAUAACGUUGUAGGUGGUUUAAGGUUGCUUGUUCUCUUUGGGACAGCACCACCUUUGUUGUUUCAAGCAUUUGCAUCACUCUUUUGCCUGUGGGCUUCUUGGACUCAUACAGACUCAACACACUUUUCUUAUCUGGUAGUUUCAACUUUACAAGUGACAUGGGAGUCGAAAAACAAUCAAUUACAUACUUUGGCUCUUGGAGAAUAGCUUUAUGUGCCAUUAUUUCAAUGGCAGACUUCAUGCUGUUCUCUGGUGGUAAGAAAUGGGAACCCAUUCGUGUGAAAAGGUCGAGCAAGUCCUCUUGAUCCCCUUCCUCUAUUCUGCCCCUGAGAGCGUUCUCAACAGCUGAUCGCUC